AUGAGAGGAAGCAAAAGCCGGCAAGCACGAUCCGCGUCACAUCCAUCGAAUCCAGCACCUCAAACUUCAAAAGCCCAAGCAUGCUACGGCACGGUUCGAGAACGAAACUAUACCACAAACGCAUCAGGAUUACGAGAGGAAGAUUCAGGCCCCUUUCGUAUCCGAAAGCCACCUCGCAGCAGUGAUGAUAUUAUGCGUAAACGAGAAAACGAAAUCUUGCGCAAAGAGCAUACCAUAAACGAGGACAUACCAGCUCGUUUUGUUCAGAUAAGGAAUUCACAGACUGCGAAGUUAGGCGAGCCUAUGUCUUUGUCCGAUGCGCUUGGUGAGAUUCAGAGUGAAACGGAGGUCCUACGAUUACUGGCCAACUUUGAGGAUAGACCAGCCAUCGUGGGUAUCGAGAAGAAAAGUGUGUUGCUCGAGCACAGGAAGCAGAAGUUGGAACAAGAAGCCGAAAACAGGAAGGAGGCACGACAGACCAAAAUGAAACAGGUAGAGCUGAAUUGGGCCAUUAGUGGCCAUGAUCUCGACAUGAAGUUGAAGCAAUUGCGCGAGUUUGUGGACAAAGGAAGGAAAGUGGAGAUACUGCUCGCCUCAAAGAAGAGGCAGAGAAAAGCCACGCAGGAAGAGGCAGAAAAGCUGCACAGCAAGCUUAAAGCAACGUUUGCGGAAAUCGAAGGCUGUAGGGAAAUCAAGCCAAUGGAAGGCGAAAUUGGCAAGCAGGCUCUGAUAACUAUUCAGAAGCAAGGCAAGUAG